UCUCAUUUGUCCCUCUGCGGCCCCCGUCCGAGGUGCAGGAAGGCGUGAAUUGUCUGUCUGCGCCGCCGCGGGGCGGCUUCCGUAGUUCAGCGAUGGCGGAAUAUACCUGCGUGAAAUCCACCAAGCUCGUUCUCAAGGGGGCGAAGCUGAAAAGUAAGAAAAAACACAGAGAUAAGAAAAGAAAAAGAGAAGAAAAUGCAGAAGAUCAGCUUGAUAUUGUUGGAAGCUGGUGGGCAGUAAAAAAUUUUGGUGAAAUCACAGGAACUGUGGCAAUAGAACUGGACAAUGGAGCUUAUAUCCAUGCUCUUGACAAUGGCCUUUUUACACUUGGAGCACCACAUAAAGAGGAUGAUGGACCUAGUCCUCCUGAGCAGUUUACAGCAGUAAAGUUGUCUGACACCAGAAUUGCACUGAAGUCUGGCUAUGGCAAAUACCUUGGCAUAAAUUCAGAUGGUCUUGUUAUUGGACGAUCAGAUGCAAUAGGAUCAAGAGAGCAAUGGGAACCUGUCUUCCAAGAUGGGAAAAUGGCUUUAUUAGCAGCAAAUAGCUGCUUUAUCACCUGUAAUGAAGAGGGAGAUAUAGAAGCCAAAAGUAAAACUGCAGGGGAAGAAGAAAUGAUAAAGAUCCGUACUUGUGCUGAAAGAGAAGCUAAGCAGAAAGAUGACAUUCCAGAAGAAGACAAAGGAAAUGUUAAACAAUGUGAAAUCAAUUAUGUAAAGAAGUUCCAAAGUUUCCAAGACCGUAAGCUCAAAAUAAGCCAAGAAGACAGUAAAGCUCUCAAAAAAGCUAGAAAAGAAGGCACUUUCCAUGAGACGCUGCUGGACAGGCGAGCAAAAUUGAAAGCCGAUAGAUACUGCAAGUGACAAACAAUUCGCUUGUUUGCUUGCUUUUAUAUCCUUUGGUUGUCCAUCUGAACAUACUAUCUGAAUAAGACAUUUUGCAAAAGUGACUUUAUUAAUGCAAAGACUUUUUUUGUUCCUACUUCUCAUUAGAGUUACUUUACACAGUAUUGAAAUUUGGUAUGCAGAAUUUGAUCCAAAACCAAUUAGCUUUAGCAAAUUGAAUUGUUGAAGGUUAAGAGAAGCAACUCAGUAGUCUGAAGGUCAUGAUGAACAAUCAAGAAGAGAAGAGCUGAAUACAGAACCAAACUACAAAGUUGCCCCGACAAAUUGUAUUUUCAUGAAUAAAUAAAUAUUUUAUCAAACUAAUAUCUCUCUGAACAUAUGGGACUGAAGUCUCAGCUUGACUUCAGUGAAGCUAUGCUGCCUGAUACCAGCUGAGGAUCUAGAGUGGUUUUCAAUAUUUAUAGAGAACAAUGGGUCAUUAAGUGAAUACUUGCAUAAACUAUGUACUUGAAAAACAGUAUGGAGAAAUGUAGAAAUUGAGGUUCUUCAUGAGAAAAGGAGACCCCUUAAUUACUCAUGUUGCUGAUGUUUUUAUGUUCUUUCAAAUUUUGCUAACUUAAAGCUGUUAGAUGGACUUGUUGCUAUCUUUACAGUAAAAAAUGUUAAAGAAUGUUUAAAAUUCAGAUACUGUGCAUUCCUAAUAACUAUUACGUAGAAUGCUGGUUGCUAUUUAUGCUUGUUACCAACAUUUUAUUUUAAUAAAAUCCCUUUAUGGGAACUAUUCCAACUGUACUGAUUGCAACACCACCUUCACAAUUCAGCUCUAACCGGUCUUCAAAAAGUUCUUGGUUACCAUGCUCAGCCUUUUCAUCUCAAAUCUUACUUCUUGUGAAGGCCAUAAUUUAAGUUACCUACAUGCAACGUGUAGUCUGUACUGUUUUUUGUGGUUUUAAAUUUGGAGCAUGCAAUUGCCUAUCACCUAAGGCAGGGGUAGUUAAUAAGGAGACCACAAGCCAAAUCUGGACUGCCAAACACUUUUGAAUGGCCCCCAAAAUCUUUUAUUUACUUACUACUGUCAUUAUUGUUAUCUGGCGUCGGGACCUUGACUAUUUAACCAAGAAAUUUGGACCUUGACAAAAAAUAAUUGACUACGCCUGACCUAAGGCAUAAAAAUGAGAUCAUUAAAAGAACAGGUAGAGUCUGAGCAUAAAUACCUAUCAGCAUAAGGCUGAAAGACAGUACUGCCAGUUUAAAGUGAUGUCAUUUCAUAGCCAGUCUAUGUAAAAAUGAAACAGGGUGAACUUAAUUGCCUAUAUUCAGAACAAGUUACAACUGGUGCUGAAGCCCAGUUAAGAAAUAAUUGCACUAGUAGAGCCGUAUACACAUAUGAAAGCAUGUGUCACUGUUGUCAGGGAGUCAUAAGAAAAACAGGUGCAUAGCUUGUGCAGAUUUAUAUUGCUGAAAAACUCUCAGCUAACACACAGAAUUUUACCGUCCCUCAUCACAUGAAAAGCUAACUGAUUAUUUAUUGUAUCAGGAUUAGGAUGGGUGCUUGGGAAAGUUUACUAGUUCUCUAACUAAGCACCUUGAUUGUUGGCUCUCCCACAUGAUUUUAAUGCCAGGAAUCUAAUGGUCUGUUUUAUUUUAUACUCUUAAAAAGAUAAAAGAUCCAAGCUUUAGAUAACAUAGAGCAGUGGAGUCCAACUCUUAGUUUUGUAGAAAAUGUAUAUAUUGAAAAAAAUAAAAACCAUAACACUUG